AACGGGUGCUUGCGUGCUAACAGCGCAUGUUAGCCCCUAAAUCAAACAACAUAAUUUUGCGUUUAUUUUUCAACGCUACUGGUGACAUAUUGCACUAAUGGAGGUUCUUGGGUCAACAGAGAAAAUAAACGACCCAGGCCUGCCUCUUUCAUCUCUUCGCCUCCUGGUGCCCCCAUUGCAGCUUCUGUCUGCUGCUAUGUGGCAGCUGGCAAAGCAGAAAGAUGUGAUGAAUUACGAGAAGCUCCAGGAGUUUGUGUUCAUGGUGACAGAGGCUGUGCCUGGACUGAUCAACCACAGACAGAGAGCCCAGCUCAUUCUGGGUCUAAGGGCAAGGUUGAUUCUGGAGCUAUGCAAAGGCUCAGCACGAGGAUCUGUUGAUUCUCAAAUGAUCCAGAGCUAUUUGGACAGACUCCCAAUCACCUCUGCAAACACAGAUUACAGGGAUGCAGAGGUGAAAACAACAGAGUCCACUUUCAUUGCACUCGUUCAGAGCCUACUGAAAGAUCCUGUGGAGAGAGCAUACUUCUUCCAGGAAGUGUUCCCAGUGGAAUAUGGGCCACAAUAUGAUGCAGCUCUACAUGUGUUAUUGUGGGAGUUACUCUCAAAACUGGAAAAGCUACUGCCAAUACCAGACCUUAAACAGACUGCAGCCUGGCUCGGCUCUGCUCCUUCUGUUUUGGAGGAAUGUGUCUGGUCCUCGCCCGAAGAGCUGAGCUCGAUCUUCGAGCACUACAAGAGUUCAGGACUGCUGAAAAUGCCAUAUGGCCCUUCAUCCACCAUUGGCAGCUGCAUCAUGUCUGCUUUAUCCAUUCCUCCCUCACAAAAGACAAACCUCUCCGUUGGACUGGAAUCAAUCCAUAACUAUGCUAAUGUACUAAACCCUGUGACUUUUGUUGGAGCGGACCAGUACAGUGUGGUGGCCUUCUACACCGAGGUGGAAGUAGGAGCAUCUAACGUGGAUGAAGUAAUGAUCGAGUCAGCUCAAGUUCAAGUUCAAACAGAUUUCUAUGAGGAAGAGAUUGUGGCUGUAAGUGCGGAGAAUGUUGGUGGUGAGGAGUCUGUCGGCUUGAGAGCAGAAGAAACGGCUGAAACUGUGGAUGUUGCUAAAGCGCUGGAGACUCUGACCAAAACUUUUGCACUAAGGAAAGAGAGUCUCAGCCAAGACGUGCUGACAGGAAAGAGUAAUGAUUCAUCCCUAAAUGAUGAGUUUACGUCAGGAAAGGCUACAGAUGAAGGAAAAACUAAUGAAACAAGUGACCAAAGUGAUGAUAAAAAAGAAACGAUUGAAGAGGUGAAGGAUGAUUUCCAACCUGUAGGCACAGAGAGCAGCAUAAGCUCCUCUUGUACAGAACUGAAGGAUGACUACAAAUCCUUCUCUGGCCGUGAAGAAAUGACAGAUGUCUCCUGUGAAACUCCUGUUUCUGAAACACUACAGUCUGCCUGCUCGGCUAACAUCCGCAGAUCCUCUCGUCUACAGAUGAAGACCUCACCGAGCUGUCAGGAGAUGCGUAAAUUCAAGAGAUCGUGCAAAGCUGUCACAUCAGUUUCCCCCUCUGUGAUCGCAAUUAAAGGAAUCGAAGGUGAUUCUGAUGAAAUGACCUCCAUCAUCUUCACCUGCUCACAGUGUCCCUUCCACAGCUCAGAUGAAAACAGCCCUCCUCACUUCCACAUGCAGACAGUGGACAGGAGUCUGGCAGGAGCCAAAUUUACACCAUCUCCCUCCAGCACUGAUGAAAUAUUUACAUCCAUUAAACUUUUCCCCAGAGGAAACGCAGAGCAGUUCAAAGAGGAGCCACCUGAUAAUCAAAGCAAAGGAAAUGUUCCUCAGCCACACGGCAGACAGAAGGCCCUCACGUGUGAAACGUGCGGUAAGGCGUUCACCCGUACGUCAGACGUUAGGAGGCACCAGCUCACUCACACUGGAGAGAGGCCGUUUCACUGCUCACAGUGUGACCGAACCUUCCAGCACUCGUGGGAUCUGGCAAAGCAUGAGAGCAAACAUCACGGCGUGGCCAUCUCCUUUUCCUGCCAGCUGUGUAAAAGCUCCUUCACCAACCUCCGCGCGUUAACUGUGCACCACAAGAAGUCUCACUCACAGGAGAGCCAGCUGCCUCACAUCUGCUCCAUCUGCAGCCAGAGUUUUGCGACGUCCUCCGAGCUGCUCGAGCACAGGAAGUCCCAUGUCACCAGUAAACGCUACAUAUGUCAGCAGUGCGGCGAAGGCUUCGACUCCCUGCUUGCACGCUCCCAGCACCGGCAGGUGCAUCAAGUGAAGCAUCAGUUCAAGUGUCCGCAUUGUGAGAAGACGUACACUCGAAGGUCUGACGUGAAGAGGCAUCUAUCCACUCACACUGGUGAGCGUCCUUACCAGUGUAACCAGUGCAACAAACGGUUCUCGCUCCACUUUAUGCUCAUGAAACACCUGCGUGUACACACAGGCGAGCGGCCUUUCCAGUGCUCCCACUGCCCAAAGAGGUUCACGCUGUUGUCUGUGCUGGCCAGACACGAGAGGAUGCACACUGGGGAGAAACCUUUCCUCUGCUCCCAGUGUGGGAAGGGUUUUUUGUCUCAGGGAGAGCUUUCAAAACACCACAGGUCACACGUGGACGACAGACCCUACUCCUGCCCUCAGUGUGACAAACGUUUCAAGAGCAAGAAAACCCAGCAGGAACAUAUCAUCUCCCACACUGGUGCCCGCCCGUACCCCUGCUCCUACUGCGGGAAGGGCUUCACCAAACCGUAUGCACUGACCAGACACAACCUCAUUCACACGGGAGAGAGGCCGUUCCCCUGCGGACACUGCGAGAAGUCGUUUCUCACUCUCAGCGAGGCUCAGCUGCACCAGCGAAUUCACACGGGGGAGAGGCCGUAUCCCUGCAACAUCUGCGAACUCAAAUUCAAGAGCUCGUCUGAGCUGGCACGACACAAACGCAGCCACUCAGGGCAGAAGCCACUGAGGCCGUACUGUGAGCAGUGCAUGAAAACAUUCACAUCCAAGGUCAAGCUGAAGAAACACAUGGAGACGCACAGGGAGGAGGGAAGAGCGGCACAGUCUGUGGACUCCAUACAGCCCAAGGAAUCAAACAUCUGACUAUAUAAAAGAGACUCAUUGGUUAAAUGAGAGGAAUUUUGACAAAGAAUGUAUAUUGUUUCUGGGUGUUUAAGUUUAGAUGUUCAGCUUUAUCAAAAUUUCCUAAUUCUGAUUAGGAGAGAAUAUAUUUUAUACAGAUGAGGAGAGAAAUGUUUGUCCACAGUUACAUGUUCUGUAAGUGUCUGUCGCUUCCUCCAAACAUUACUCUGAAUCAUUUUGACAUAUCAGUGUUUUAUGUUUGCUUUUACUAUCUCCUUUUCCAAUUUGGUUUUAGGUUUGCAACAGGGAAACUACAAUUAUGUUUAAAACAGUUUGUUUUAAAUGGAAA